AGAAACGGAGAAGUAUAAAAAAAAAUUGUGGAAAUAAAAUCAAUAUAAUGUUAAAGAGAUUGCACAUAAUACACAUCGUAUCCUAUAAUGUGAAUUUUUCCAAUAAACUGUAUCAAAUGUGAUUUCAUUAUUUCAAUUAUAAAAUGUAAUAUUUAAAUGAAAGCGCUGAAAAUAAAAUAAUAAAAAAAGAAAGAUAUCAACAUUUAUAGAAAAGAAAGAUUUCUUCAAAAUUAUCACAACAUUAUUGAAGAACAAAGUAAAACGUUCUCGCAGUUACUCUUCAUAUCAAUUAAUUCAAUGAUAAAAAAUUUUGUUAUAUAUAUCCUAACUUCACAACCAUAUUCGCAUCAGAGUCUAUCUGUAUCGAUUACAAUCAACCUCGCCCUUCUCGGAUCACCUCCCCCCUCACUUCUCCCCCCAUUUUCGUAUUCGUGUCUGUAUUGGCUACUCCCUACCCCACUUCACUUCUCCCAUUUUAUUUUUUUACCAAAAUAAAUAGCUCCCCAUUACUAUCCAAAUUAAAAAUAAAUAAAUACAACUCUUUGGCGCGCUGAAUAAACUUGCUCAUCAACUCCCCUCUUCUCUCGCAAAAUUGAUUCUCCACUUUCUCUCUAGUUUUUACGAGACUUCUCUUUGGUUGAUAAUUGGAAUUUUGCUGAUUUUCGUGGUUGAAAGCAUCAACAUUAUUACUAGUAGGAGGAGAUCUCAAGGUUGACGAUAAUCGAAAGUCGAAAAUGAUGAAGGUCCGCGUUGGAAAGAAGGAAGAAGGAGUUGGAGGGAAUAAUCCAUAUCUUUUAGACUUGGUAUUUUCAUGGACUAUCAGAAAUGUUCUUAACGAAAAUCACUAUGCAUACAAGGUACGUCAGAUACCUGACAAAUUCUCAUCAAUUGCUCAUUACUUCAACUCAUUCAAGUUGCCUCUUAUAGAGGAGACUCGCGCAGAAUACUGUUCCGGUUUGGUUUCAAUUAGUCAUGCUCCUGUUUGUGAGAUCUCCGGUGUUUGGCUUUCUGCGUCCUAUAAGCUUCCUACAGACUUAUACUAUGAAGUUUCGACCAAAAGGAUAAGUGAGGAUGUUAGCCAAGACGAACAUUACGUGCCAGAGUCUGGUGACAUUUUUGCUGUGACAACUCGAAGGCCUAGAAGCAUAGAAGAUUUACUCAAACCUGAUAGGUCAUUUCAUUUUGCUUAUGUCUCAAUGUCAACAGAAGAUGCAAAUAAUAUCGAGAUAUUAUCAUCAGAGAAGAUUGAUCUCGAGUUACUUAUGAAGAAACAAGGGAGGCUAUUUGUUACCUACUUGCUGAACAUUACAACCAAUUUGAGAAUAUGGAAGGCACUAAAUCCUGAUCCUCAAAGCAAAAAUUUGGGUCUUAUUAAAAGUGUUCUGCAACACAACUCUUCAGCAGAUGAUGAUUGUUCUAUCUGCAUCCCCGAAAAAAUCUUAAAUGUUCAAGGAUCAGUAGUUUCCGGCCUUAUUGGAUCAUUUGGACUAAACGAGUCUCAGACAGAAGCUAUUUUGAGCAGUGUUUGCUUGGCAAAAUGCCCACACCAGGAGUACAAUGUGAAGCUGAUUUGGGGGCCGCCGGGGACAGGGAAGACCAAGACAGUUGCUUCAUUGCUUUUUGUACUACUUAAGCUGAAGUUUUGCACAACACUAACUUGUGCUCCAACCAACAUAGCAGUGAUCCAAGUCGCGAAAAAGCUUGUAAAUCUAGUCAUAGAGUCACUCGAAUAUGAAAGUUAUGGCCUGGGAGAUAUAGUCCUGUUUGGAAAUGAUGAAAGGAUGAAAAUUCAUGAUCAUUAUGAGCUUGUAGACGUAUUUCUUAAAUACCGGGUGAAAUUACUUGACCAAUGUCUGGUACCGUUAGCAGGAUGGAAGGGGAGUCUGAAUUCACUGAUAUCUUUACUCGAAAACCCCCAAGUACAGUAUGAGGCUUACUUGGAACAGAACAGAAAGUCUGACACUGACAAGAAAUCUGAGAGUUAUUAUAGUUCUGAUGAUGAAAGUGAUGGUGACAUUGUGGAAGUAACCAAGGCCAUAAAACUGAAAGAAGAAAGAAUGAAUAUUACUAAGGUAUGGAAGAGAGUUAUCGUUCAGUCCGUGAGAGAAAAUGUAGUGAAGAAUAAGAAAGGAUUAAGGACUGGCGGUCAAGGAAACAAGCAUUCAGAAGAAGAUGGUGAAGCAAAAGAUGAUGAAGAAGUCGAAUUGUGUAUGACUUUUGAGGAGUUUAUGAGGAAAACAUUCAGUACUUUAGCUAACCGUUUGAUGUUUUGUGCGGAGAUUCUCUAUACUCACAUGCCAACAUCAUGUUUACCACUAUUUGUGGCAAAGGAGAUGAUUAAGCUUGUUGAUCUGCUUCAAAUGACCCUCGAAAAGGCAAAACAUUGUAAUGUUGAUCAAUUCUCUGAACUAAUUAUGAUGAAGAGGGAAGAAAUCCUAGCAAUAUUGAAAAUGCUUCAAGAACAUUAUCCUGUGCCUAGGAUUGAUGGAAACACAAGAGAAUUUUGCUUGGAUAAUGCUCGUUUACUAUUUUGCACUGCUUCAGGCGCCAUCAAAGUGUCUUCUUUUGUCGAUAUGGUAAUCAUAGAUGAAGCUGCACAGCUCAAAGAAUGCGAGUCUGCGAUUCCAUUACAAAUCCCUGGUCUGAAAAAUGCUAUUCUAGUAGGUGAUGAUCGACAGCUCCCAGCCAUGGUCCGGAGCAAGAUGUUGGAAAGAAAUAACUUUGGAAGAAGUUUGUUUCAACGGCUAUCAUGGUUAGGCAAAGCAAAGCGCCUUCUCAACAUUCAGUAUAGGAUGCAUCCUUCCAUAAGCUUGUUCCCAAAUGAACAGUUUUAUAAUAACAAUAUUGUCGAUGAACCAAGCGUGACAGGAAGAAGCUAUGUUAAGAAUUAUCUUAAGGGGGACAUGUAUGGAUCUUAUUCGUUCAUCAAUGUGCCUAAUACAAUGGAGAACUUCAACAGAGGACCUAGUCCUAGAAAUUUUGAAGAAGCAGCUGUUGUUGUUCGGAUUAUUGCUAAGCUCUUUAGAGAUUAUUACUGUGUCACAAAGCAGAAGGUGAGUGUAGGAGUAAUUUCACCUUACAAGGGUCAAGUAGGUUUGCUUCAAGAAAAAUUUGAGAAUAAAUAUACCAAACAUAAGGAAAAGUUUUGCAUCAACAUUCGAUCUAUCGAUGGAUUCCAAGGUGGUGAGGAGGAUAUCAUAAUAAUCUCAACUGUUCGAAGCAAUGGAAAUGGAUCAGUUGGGUUCCUUUCGAAUUGUCAGAGAACAAAUGUUGCUCUUACCAGGGCAAGGUAUUGUCUAUGGAUAGUUGGCAGCGCGAGUACUUUAGGCAACAGUGGAUCGAUCUGGAAGAGCCUUGUACACGAUGCCAAAACUCGAGGGUGUUUCUAUGAAGCAUAUGAUGACAUAGAACUUAUCAAGAACGACUUUUUUGGGUACCUAACACUUGAUAAAGCAAAAUGGAAGAUUACCUUUAGCAAUGAGUUUAGAAACUCUAUAUCGAUCACAAAUAUUAAAGCUCAAAUUCGAACGAGGCAAGUGCUGCAAAAGAUUGCUAAUGGUUGGCGUCAAUCUCCCAUGAUCGAGAAACCGGUCAAGAUUACCAUUGCUGAUCCCGUGUCUCUUGCAUUGUUAAAGCUAUACAAGAUUGAUGAGAAUCUUAUUCUUGCUUGGACCGUCGACAUUGUUAAGGAAGAAACUUGCUACAAACAAGUAAUCAAGGUUUGGGACAUUUUACCAGGUUCGAAGAUGCCUAAUCUUGCUAAGAAUCUUAGUGCCAUGAUUCGGAGAUGCAACGUGGACUUUAUCCACUGUUGCGAGUACAAGUCUUUUGAAGGGAACUCCGUCGUACCAAUGUCAUGGCCACUUCACCCUCCUUAUAAUGCUCAAACGGCUAAUCCUCCGAGGAAUUUGGGUGUCAUUCAAGGAGAACCAAGAUCAAGGGCUAGAAGCGUUGUUUCGGUAUGGAAGCCAGUGCAACGGGAGGAAGGCAAUUGAAGUUAGGGACAAGAGGAGUGAUUUGGAGACUAUAGUAUAAACCGAUAUCAUAUGUGCUUCAUGGCUAUGUAAUCAACUUUAAAACGAGCCGUUUGGGCCCCACACAUGGCACAAUCUGGUCGUUAUUACAUGCUUUAUGACUUUGAUACAAUAUUAUUUUUAAACAUUCAUACUCCCUUUGUCAUUUAAAGAUUGUCGAACUAGAAAUAAAAUCUAUACAAAA